UCUGCCCAGGUAAUUAUGGCUAUUUUGUGCAUGCAUUAGGCCUACAUUUCGGACACGCCCCUUUUGGAACGGAACAUCACCUGGCUGUCUCGUGCUGUUCCGCCCUUGUUUGAUAAGCACACACUAAACAGAAGUCUUCAAGCAGCCAGGGUUCACGAUCGCGCAAACUUGUCAAAUUGGCUGGGUUUUCUGUGUGAAAAGUGUGUCCUGGAUCAACGCAUUGUAAAGGGGAACACCUGUUUUUUUCUAGCCCAGCUUUAGAUUUAUGGGUUUGCCUUUUCCUGCUUGAUCAUUCGGUUACAAAAGAAUAUUGAGUUGACAGAUAUGAUCCAAAGUUUUGACGCCUGGUGUAAGGUUGGCUUAUUACCUACGCGAAUAGAUUUUAAUUCGGGUGGUGGGCGACAGAAGUUGAUCUGAGGGAGAAAAGUCCUGUUUGAGAAGCUGCAUGCAUGCAUCGGGUUAUAAAUUGGUCACACCAAUUGUAAGUUAGAAGAUUGUUGCAGUUUACUUUGUGCAAAGUAAUUCCUGGCUACUACUGAGACAAACUGCUGCUUUCGCCUGACACCAUGGAAUCAUCUUCAGAAGUCCAAAGGGGCAGCCAGAAAAUGUCUGCGAUAGGUCUAAUAAUGAACCAACUGCGGCGAAAGACGUCCUUCACAGAACGACGACAGAAAUCCGGUAGUUUCUUCUGGCCAGGCGAGUCCAGUGAAAGGAGGAAGGGCGCCGAGAUAAAGGAAUCCGAUGACGCCGACGCGAAGGCAACAGAUCCAGGGACGGACCCCACCACGUCGAUGGACAUGGAGAUCACCUCUGUGGUGGGCUGGGGUCGUGUGAAGCAGUUUCUGGAGAAGUUGGGGAAGAAGCCAGACAGUCAGGUCCUCAGCCUUAGCCACUGCGAUCUCACAGCCACUGACAUAGUGGAACUGGCAACCCUGUUGCCUUUCCUGACCCAGUUGGAGGUGGUGGACCUGUCCUGGAAUGACCUUGUUGGAGGCUCACUGAAGGCGCUGACCUUCAAGCUGCAGCAUGUUGGAAAGCUCAGCCUUCUGAGGCUGUGUGGCUGCAGACUGACGGCACAAGACCUUGAGGCGCUUGGUAACGGCCUGGAGGCUGUGCCUCUUCUGGAGCUUCUAGACCUGUCCUGGAACGCGGGUAUCGGCAAAGCUAAUCUCCACUGCCUCACCAGCCGCUUCCUUCCUGGCUGCAACAUGCGGGAGCUCCGGCUGGUGGACUGCCAGCUGACUGAUGCUGACAUGACCGCACUGGGUCGGGCGCUUCCUGUAUUGACAAACCUUAAACAUCUGGAUCUUUCCUGUAACAAAAUUACAGCCGAGGGCAUAAAGGAGAUGUCAUCUUCCCUACAUGCUAGUCAUGGGCUCAAGACACUGAAGCUACACAUGUGUGGACUUGAGGAGGAUGCUCUGUCUAGCCUUGGAGAUGUGCUCAAGUUUAUUCCGAGCCUAGAGGGCCUAGACGUGUCUGGCAACAAAGCAGCCCGUGGAGGCCUGGCCAGAGUAGCCAAGAGCCUGGCCCUGCUGACUCACCUGUCCUGCCUAGAUAUUCAUCUGUGUGGCCUCACAGACCAUGAUGCAGACGCCUUGGUUGAGGUUCUACCAUCCCUCAGUGCUCUCACUGAGUUGAACAUUUCUUCGAAUAAAGCCCUCGGUGACCGGCUCCAGGCUCUGCUCCCCACUCUUCCACUUGCCAACAUGCGACGCCUUCUCCUGAACAACUGUGGCCUGAGCACGGCCUCUUACCAAGCAUUGGGCUCAGCCAUGUCGUCACUAGUGCUGCUGGAGAGCUUGAACUUGUCGUGGAACAAGAGCGUGGGAGGCCAUCUGAAGCUGCUGUUGGGAGCUCUACUGAGCAUGUGCAAGCUGCAGGAGCUGAGGCUGAGCAGUUGUGAUCUCACCACAGAGGAUGUGCUUCACUUAGCGUCUGCUGCAAAGUGCGGGGCGCUGUCCAACGUGAAGCAGCUGGACCUGUCGUACAACGGCGGCGUGGGCGACACGGGCUGGGCGGGUCUGUUGGCGGAGGCCGGCGGCCUGAAGUCCCUGGAGCAGCUGGACGUCAGCUUGAGGCCCUCCACUCCAACACCGGCGUCUCCAUGGAUACCAAACCUCCUGGAGGCGUUGCCUACGCUCCCCUCCCUCACCCACCUGGCGCUGCAGCACUGGGUUCUACGGCAGGACGAGAGGGACAAACUGGACAAUAUCACAGAAAAGAAGAAGAAGGGCUUCCUGCUUGAAUGUGACAAAUCAUAGAGCUGAAUGAAGGUUCGGUCUAUCCGUAGAUCCAGUCGAUCACUUCAAUAGUUGUGGGAAAAUACGUAGAAUUGGUUUAGAAAACAUUUCCAAUCAAAAUAAAUAAGUGUAAAAAUAAUUUUUCCUCACCACCAAAUGGAAAACCAAACUGAUAUGUGGAGAGAAAACAAUGAGUGGGGUGUCUGAUGUUGUGGAUGAAUGUGUAUACUUGACUAUGCCAGCUCAGGGGCUAAAUCACAGGAUGGAAUUGAAUUAAUAAUAAAAAAAAAAAAGAUUAACCUGAGUGGUGAAUAUAACUAAUGAUAUUCAUGAUGCUGUCACAGGCUAGCCUGGCUAUUGCCACCUGAAAGCUCUGCGAGCAUUUGGUCUGGUCCACUCUCAUUUGCUAACCUAUUUCUCCGAGCAACGUGCAAAAGGCCUGUCUAGCUCGUGUUCAUGAAAUGCUCUGUUAUUGUUGAAGCUUCUAUCAAUAGUAAAUUGAUAAUGUUCUAUGGACUGCCUUGCCAGUCUCAGUAUGGUUAAUUUAUGACAAGUUACACUUUUGACUAGGUUUAAUCACUUAAGUAGAGCUCUAGAGGACCAGGUGUGGUCAAAAAGAGGUCAGACACACCAUAACAGGGCCAGAAAGAGCAGCCGGUUCUUUUUGUGAUACACUCACAAUAUAAACAAAAACAGAACUGAGUCCUUUUGCUGUCGGUUUACUUUUUGGUCCUCUUAAAGAGGACUGAGUUUGGUUCAUUUAAAGUGGACUAGAUGUGAAAAUACCCUUAAAUGGCUGAAAGGGAACAGGUGUUAAAAACACCCUAAGAAUAAGUGGUACAAAAAAGCUAAUGCAAUGCAUAAAAUCAUUAAAAGUACAGUUAAAAUACAAAUAAAUAAACUAGAUAAUUGUUUGAUAAAUGUGAUAAUUUUUUUGACUGAAUGUACAGACUGAAGACACAUACCCUAUGUGAUUUAUAUGUGAAAUAUUUUGAAAGUCAAUAAACACAAUUUUAAGACAGAAGGC